CGAUAUUAUUGACGGUCGACGCACACCAUAACUCRACUCUGUUGAACACCGAAACCUCUCUUUAAAAACUUUGUCAUGGCUCUUCGAUUAGCUGCUACUCGUCUAUCAAGCAAAACUGCUGCAAAGCGCACAUGGCUCGACAGAUCCAUUACGUCCCGCUUCACUCCUCUUCGGUGCUAUUUGAGCACUGAGGCUGGCGAGGCGAAGAUCGAAAGUGUUUCCCUCGGUGAAAAUAUUCCGGCACCACCCAUGGUAUACAUUGCUGGGGAAGAGAUGACCCACUAUGCCUCUGAUUUGAUUGUCGAUAAAUGGAUCAAGCCAUACUUCGACACCAGUGCUUGGGAGACUUAUGAUUUGUCUUGUAARAGUCGCGACGAAACGGACGACAAAGUGCUCCACGACGCUGUCGAAGCCGGAAAGCGAAUCGGUGCGAUUUUCAAAGAACCCACCAUCACCCCAUCUGCUGUUCAGGUAGAAGAAAUGGGUCUUAGUAAGGCGUUUGGAUCGCCCAACGGAGCUAUGCGAAAGGGAUGGAACGGAAUCACCAUCUCCCGUGAUACCAUUCAUAUCAAAGGAAUCGAACUCGGUUACAAAAAUCAAGUUUUGUUUGAACGCCAUGCCGUCGGAGGUGAAUACGGYGCUGGCUGGGAUAAAGUCGGGGAAGGAACCCUUUUGACCACUUACCUUCCAGAAGAUGGUUCUCCCCCGUUCGUCGUCGACAAGAGAGAUUUGACCGAUGAAAACAACGUUGUAGUUGUUUAUCACAAUCCUUACGACAACGUCAAGGAUUUGGCGCACCUCUUCUUCAAGAGAUGCCUCGAACACAAGGUUACGCCCUAUGUUGUAACGAAAAAGACGGUAUUCAAGUGGCAGGAGGGUUUCUGGUCCACCAUGAAAGAUGUUUUUGAGCAAGACUACAAGGUAAGGACUCAAAUUCAAUUCCAUCCAUCGCGGAUGACUUGCAAGAUUAUGCUAGGCUCCAGGUGUGCAACGUUGUUCUGAUUCGUUUGAUUUUUGUAUCGGUUUAAAACUUAGGAAACAUUUUUGGAGGAGGGACUGUUGGAGAGAAGCGGGGGCGAACUUGUGCACCUAAUCUCCGACGCCGCCACAAUGCAACUUAUCCGGUGGACCGAUGGAGGAUUUGGAAUGGCUGCUCACAACUAUGAUGGAGAUAUGUUGACCGAUCAAAUUGCACAGGUACAUCGUUCUCCAGGAUUUAUCACUUCGAACUUGGUGGGCGUGAACGACGACGGAAGUCUGAUCAAGGAAUUCGAGGCCUCACAUGGUACUGUAUCCGACUUGUGGCAUGACCAUUUGGCCGGAAAGGAAACAUCUCUGAAUCCCUUAGGUCUUGUCGAAGCUAURAUUGGUGCCAUGCAGCACGCAGCCAUGCUUGACGCAGAAAGAAAUCCCGACGACGACACGAAACUUGCCACCAAGUUGAAGAUCAUGAACUUCACCGAGACACUUCGUGAAGCUAUGCACAACACAUUCCGUUACGGACAGGGUACUCGUGACAUGUCCGGACCCGGUGGUUUCACAACGGAAGAUUUCAUCGGUAAGGUUGCCUGGCGACUACAGAGGUACCUAGCUAUGCAAGAUGAGGAGGCACCUCCACCUCAACUUGUCGAGCCUCCUCGUAAAUACAGACGUAACCUUCACAUCGAUACUGAGGCAGUGAACAAGAUGUUCCAUAAGUUUGACAAAGAUGGCGAUGGUUUCAUCGACUACACUGAAUUUGAGGCUAUGAUGAUCAAGCUCAAUCUGGCACCGUUGAAGAAAACCAAGGAAGAAGAAGAAAAGGAACCAUGGGGUAAAUAAGGAGAUAGUCGUCCCAAAGUUCUUACAUCGAUGACCAGCCCAUGGAAUGGUAUUUUUAAAACAAUUUUCUUGGUCGUAGCCAUUCGCAACUGUAACUCAUGGUGCCCUUCUCUGGGAUCAUGAUUUGUAAAAGUUUCAUAUUGAACUAUCUGGAAAAAAGUUUGUCAUUCUUU